UUUUAUCUCACAAGUUUCACAAGUCAAAACAAAAAUCGUGAACUUGUGAAGUUUCCUUUUAUCAAGCUGUCACUACGUGAUUUUGUGUUUAAAUUGAAGUAAUACCAGUCUAAAUGCAUUCAUAACCAUGACUAAGAAGCAGAGAUUUAAAGUAUUCAAGAGGAAACCCAAAGUAUUUUCCGAAGACGAUGAAAUAUCAAACCUGGAAAAGCUCUACGAUGAAAUCGAUCGCGAUGCCAUUCAGAAGUUUAGAGACCUGCCAUUAUCUGAAAAAACACAGAAAGGUUUACAGAAACACAACUUCGUCACACCGACAGAAAUCCAAAGAGACAGUAUAAUGUACAGUCUUCGAGGUGAAGAUGUCCUAGGAGCUGCGAAAACUGGCAGCGGUAAAACUUUAGCCUUUUUAAUUCCAGUGUUGGAAAAAUUAUAUCGCAGUAAAUGGACUCGAUACGAUGGUGUUGGAGCCUUAGUUAUUACACCUACUAGAGAAUUAGCGUAUCAGAUCUUCGAAACAUUGAAAAAAUUAGGCGAAUUCCACGAUUUUUCAGCUGGAUUGAUUAUCGGCGGAAAAGAUUUAAAGUUCGAAAAGAAAAGAAUGGAUCAAUGUAAUAUCGUUAUUUGUACUCCUGGACGACUUCUACAACACAUGGACGAGAAUCCAAUAUUUGAUUGCAGCACGAUGCAGAUUUUAGUUCUCGACGAAGCUGACAGAUGUUUAGAUAUGGGGUUCGAGAAAACAAUGAAUAGUAUAAUUGAUAAUUUACCUCCGGAAAGGCAAACACUAUUGUUUUCUGCUACUCAAACGAAAUCAGUGAAAGAUUUAGCUCGAUUAAGUUUAACUAAUCCGCGUUAUAUUUCCGUUCACGAAGAUGCUAAAUUCAGUACACCUUCCGGAUUAGUUCAGAGUUAUAUUAAAUGCGAACUUAGCGAUAAAAUGAAUUUUUUGUGGUCUUUUAUCAAGAAUCAUAAAUCGCAAAAAAUUCUUAUAUUUUUGUCUAGUUGUAAACAGGUGAAAUAUACCUACGAAGUGUUCUGCAGAUUACGACCUGGAGUAAGUCUAUUGGCAUUGUAUGGCACUUUGCAUCAAUCUCGACGUAUGGCAAUUUAUGAUUCAUUCUGCCAAAAACAACACGUCGUUUUGUUCGCUACCGAUAUUGCUGCUCGAGGAUUAGAUUUUCCUGCAGUCAAUUGGGUCGUACAAUUAGAUUGUCCUGAAAGUGCCAACGAAUACAUUCACAGAGCCGGACGAACGGCUCGUUACCAAAGAGCUGGAGAGUCGUUACUGGUUCUGUUACCUUCGGAAUUGAAAAUGCUUGAACAAUUAGAACAGAAGAAAAUCCCCAUAGAUGAGAUUCAAGUGAACAUGCAAAAAUUGCAUAGUAUUCAAAGAAACUUGGAAGCUCUAUUGGCUCGUGAUAAUAAUCUUAAAGAAUCCGCUCAAAGGGCUUUUGUCGCCUACAUCAAAUCCGUAUUUUUAAUGAAAGACAAAGAAGUGUUCAAUGUUGCUGCUCUCGACACAGACGCGUAUUCAAAAUCUUUAGGACUAGCAAUAUCUCCUCGAAUCAGAUUUUUGCAAAAACGUCAAAAAAUGAUGGCUGAUAAGGCUAAAAAAGAUCAAGAAGAUGAACAGCAAAUGAUCGAUAAAAUGAAUAGCGAUAAUGCUUCGGAGAAUGACGACGUUGCUUGCGAAGACCAUCGAGAAGAGUCUCGUCCGAGUCAUUCAGAAGAACCUCGUCCAAAGUACAAGAAUUUCCAGAAAGUCGUUCCGUUCACUUUUUACGAUGAUAAAGAAGACGAUGACGAUUUCAUCGUAUUGAAACGUAAGGACCACGAACUGGAUAUCGAACCUAUCACCAGCGAAGAAUUAGUCACUAGUAAAAAAUCCAAGAAACCGAUUUCUCGGGCAGCUUUAGCCAAAAAAAUGCUUAAAAAGAAUAUCCUACCGAAUAAGAAAGUAGUAUUCGACGAAGGAGGAGAAGUGGUGCUGAAGAAAGGCAAAGAAUAUAUAUCCGAACUGGCCAGACAGUACGAAAAAUCCAACGAAGCCGGAAUCGAUAUAACUACAGCUCAGCAAGUCCUUCGCGAAGAGGACAAAUACGAUAAAGAAAUAUUCCGCGAAAAGAUCAAACAAAAACAUAAAGAGGAAAGACUCAGACAAAAAGAAGAAAGACGAAGAAAACCUGUCCCUGAAGAAGCAGAAUCAGGAAGUGAAGAUGAUUACGAACCUGAUGUAUCCUGGUUACCAGAUUUCGAUAAAAUUCGAAAAAAUCAAAAUGAUUCCGAAGACGAAUCAGAAGCAAAUGAAUCUAAUUCGCAAGAAUCUGAGACUGAUUUUGUCAAAGAUACGAAAAAGAAAAGAAAACAGAAACGCUCCAAGUCCAAGAAGGAGUCCAGUAAGAAAAUCAAGCUUCAAAACGAGUCCGAAGAUGAAGAUUAUAUUGAUACCGGAUUGACUCUGGCCGAAGAUGAAGAAAUAGCCUUACGAAUGAUGAAUUCUAACGAGUAAUCGUUUCUUUUGUUAUUUAUGUUUUGUUUUUAUUACUUUUUAAAGUAUCUAGUGAAUAAAUAAGAUUUUUUAGCA